AUGCAACGGCUGCAUCCUUCAGUCAGCCUGCUCACAGUGGAUAAUUCUGUUUUCGAGACUGGAGAUCAAAUAAUCCGAGCGUUGUUGAACAAAAACAGCCAUUCAAAAUUGCUGACGGUCAGAUCGUUACUACAGACUGUUGCACCCAUAUCCAUGGCGAAAGCCGCGGAGAAGAACGAGAACAACAGGCAAACGACUGCCUAG